CACGCGGAGCCGCCUCCACUUAUGCCCCGCUGUCGCUGCUCCGCGGCUCACUGCCGCGCAUGACACCGGCUGGGGCGGACUCGCCUCGUGCCAGGCUCAGCAUGACUCUCCCGGUGAAAGCGCUGAGGGACGGGCUGCUGGAGAAGCGCAGCAGCGGUCUCCUCCAGCUGUGGAAGAAGAAGCGCUGCCUGCUGACGGAGGACGGACUGCGGCUUCACAGCUGCCGGGGAGCCGCCGCGAACGCCUUCAGCUCCAGAGCCAAGGAGCUCCGUUUCGAGCGCAUGGUGACCGUGGAUUGCGUGGAGUACAAGCGCGGGAUGGUCUACUUCACCGUGGUCAUGGCCACGGGGAAAGAGAUCGACUUCCGCUGCCCGCAGGACGGAGUGGCGUGGAACGCGGAGAUCGCUCUGCAACUGGUCCGCUUCAAGAACCUGCAGGCGGUCCGGACCAGCCGGAACCGAUACCUCUCGGCUGCUCACCUGGGCAGCACCGGCGAGGAAGAGGAGGAGGGUUGAUGGCUUGUUUUUAACUUCCUGGAGGAGAACCAAUGGGAAGGCCAGAGGUCACCUGACUGUUUCUGUGGGACACAGCAUGAAGGGAUGUCACGGACUAAGAACAAACGCUGCAGUUUCUUCUUGUUCCGACUUGAAACGUUUCACUGUGUCGGAGAGCCUGAACUGUGGUGUGGAGUGUGGCUUUGCUGUUUUAGCACCGGUCGCCUCAGUGUCCAGUCGAAGCCGAGGUUUGGAACCUCUGUUCUGAGACACGUUGUCGACUCUCACUUUCCCAGCUGUCGUGCUUCCUUUGAAUCACCAUGUGUCCAUCUGGAUUGAGACCAUCUGUGGCCGUGCCAAAGCCUUAUUCUAGACUUUAGGAAAUGAUCUUUGCGCUGCUUCAUGACAUUGUUUUGCCUGAAAAUCUGGUUCAUUGCUGGUGAUUCCUGAUAAGCAAAUGUGGCGAGCGUAGCCAGGACUUCAGGCCGGUCCCAGGCGCCACACGUCACACACACUCAGGCCAUCGCAUCAUCCAGCCUCUCUCAUCUUCUGGGUCUUGUUGGCUCUGUUUGGAUCCUCACAGCAGUAACUGUGUACCCCGAUCGUGUGCGCCAACCCUCCACUGUGUGUGCCAGGCCACACACAUCACCAUCCUCAGAUGUGUGUCAGAUUCCUCAAAUGUAAAUUUGAAUUUUCACAUUUAAAUCCCUCAACAAUCCAGUGCAGUGCACACAUGGAUGUCGCACAACAUUUACAGCAUCAUGUCCCUUUGAAACUUGAGUGUCUUAAACGGUGUUGUUAUUGACUGAACACGUUUGUUUGUCAUAUGAAGAAUAUCUAUUUUAUCCUGCCUUUAUAUAUAUAUAUCCUCUAUAUUUGACAGAAAAGUUGCUUUUAUUUGAAUAAAUAAACCACCACCGUAACCGGCCGCACUCUUCUGUUUUCAACUCUCCACCACACACGGUACAGAGAAGGCACAAAGGCAGCAGGACGCUCUCCCACACAGGAGAUGAGAGGCUGCUGCAGGAUUACACAAACAGCCGCCCACGCACGCUCACCUGCAGACACACAAGGACACACCCUGGUGAAACCUGAUGAGUUCCCCGUCUCUUGUCAGGGAACAUUCAAGCGUGUUUUGUGAGUGGAGAAUAUAGCCGCCGGUUUAAAGGCUCGCAGAUAAAGGCUCGAUUGUGUGUCGGCAUCUUGAAUUACGGUGGAAAACCCCGAUUCAUGAGAGAGAGUGGGGCACACAGCUCGGUUGAAAAUACUCCCAACCUGUGGUGGAGCCCUUCAGUAAGGCACUACACGUCAAUGCGCACCUGUCUUGAUACAUGGAUCCAGACCGCUCCCUGCACCAGGACAGUGGUCUGCCAAGCCUUAUAUAUCGACUGUAUGAAAGCAAAGCCAAGUGUCCUUCCGCGUCUGACUGGUUUGUUGUGGUGAAGUCCGCCACUGUGAUCUGACCCUCCAGACUCACUGGACUCGCUGUAACUGAGACAGACAGCAGCAGGUGAAGCUCUUUCCUCAACACUCAAGGAUGAAGGAUGCGAUCUCGCGACAUCAUGUGGUGUACUUGCGCAUUGCAGCCUCUACGUUU